AUGGUCACGUGACUGGACCAGGAAACGUGAAGCGGCUGUGAGUUUCUUUUGACGCGCUUCUGAGACACGUUGUGUUUGUACUGAUUGAACUAAUGGCGCCUACAGGUGAAGUUGUGUUUGGCUCCGGGGAUCGGGUCUGUGCUGACAACCGCUUGCGAUGGGAUUUAACUCCUGACCAGAUCCACCAGCUUACCGAUGACCUUAUUGCUAAAACCAAAAAGGUGUACGACACCGUGGGUGCCCUGGACUUGGCCAGCAUCAGCUAUGAGAACACCCUGAAGGCCCUCUCUGAUGUAGAAGUGGACUACACGGUCCAGCGGAACAUGUUGGACUUCCCUCAGCACGUGUCCUCUUGCAAAGAUGUCCGCACGGCCAGCACUGAGGCUGAUAAGAAGCUGUCAGAGUUUGAUGUGGAGAUGAGCAUGCGGGAGGAUGUUUAUCAGAGAAUCGUGGCUCUGGAGAAGCUUUCAGAUGGUGGUUUGUCACCCGAAGCCAAGCGUUACAUGGAGAGACUCAUAAAGCUGGGCAAAAGAAACGGCCUCCAUCUUCCAAAAGAGAAACAGGAGGAGAUCAAAAAGAUCAAGAAGAAGCUGAGCAAUCUGUGUAUCGAUUUCAACAAACACCUGAACGAAGAUACAACCAUCUUGACUUUUUCUCGGGAGGAGCUCGGGGGGCUCCCUGAGGAUUUCCUCAACUCUUUGGAGAAGGAUGAGUCUGGAAAGCUGAAGCUCACUCUGAAGUACCCUCAUUAUUUCCCCACCAUGAAGAAAUGCUUCGUCCCAGAGACACGGAAGAAAUUAGAAGAGGCCUUUAACUCGCGCUGUAAAGAGGAGAAUUCUGCUAUCCUGAAGGAGCUGGUGGAGUUGCGCUCUCAGAAGAGCAGUCUGCUGGGCUUUGCCGCGCACGCCGACUUUGUUCUUGAGAUGAACAUGGCCAAAUCCUCCAAGAAGGUCUCCGCCUUCCUUGAGGAUCUGGCUCGUAAGAUGAAGCUCCUGGGUGAGGAGGAGAGGGCGGUGAUACUGAAGCUGAAGGAACAAGAGUGUCAGAAGAGAAACCUACCGUUCGCCGGAGAGAUUCACGCAUGGGACACGCGCUACUACAUGACCCAGGUGGAGGAGACCCAGUAUGCCGUGGAUCAGAACCAGCUGAAGGAGUAUUUCCCCAUGGAGGUGGUGACUCGGGGUCUGCUGGGCAUCUAUCAGGAGCUGCUCAAUCUCACCUUUCAGCAGGUGGAAGGUGCCCCCGUCUGGCACGAUGAUGUCACGCUGUACAGCGUUAAGGAUCGCACCUCUGGACAGGUCGUGGGGCAGUUUUAUCUAGAUCUCUUCCCGAGAGAGGGCAAGUACGGCCAUGCAGCAUGUUUUGGCCUGCAGCCUGGAUGUUUGGUGUCGGACGGGACCAGACAGAUGUCUGUGGCUGCCAUGGUGGCUAAUUUCAGCAAGCCCACCGCAGACGCCCCGUCCCUGCUGCAGCACGACGAGGUGGAAACAUACUUCCACGAGUUCGGACAUGUGAUGCAUCAGCUCUGUGCUCAGGCUGACUUUGCAAUGUUCAGCGGGACUCAUGUGGAGCGAGAUUUUGUGGAGGCACCGUCUCAAAUGUUGGAGAACUGGGUUUGGGAGAAGGAGCCACUGCAGCGCAUGUCCAAACAUUACAAAACCGGAAACCCCAUCCCAGAGGAGCUUCUGGACAAACUCAUCAAGUCCAGACUCGCUAAUACAGGGCUGUUUAACUUGAGGCAGAUUGUUCUGGCCAUGGUGGACCAGGCUUUGCACACUAAGACCGGGCUUGACCCCGCUGAGGAAUAUGCCAAGCUCUGCCUGGACAUCCUGGGAAUUCCUGCCUCACCGGGGACAAACAUGCCUGCCACCUUUGGUCACCUGGCAGGAGGUUAUGAUGCUCAGUAUUACGGUUACCUGUGGAGUGAAGUGUUUUCGAUGGACAUGUUCUACGCCCGUUUCAAACAGGAAGGCAUCAUGAACCCCAAGGUGGGUCUGGACUACAGGAAGUGCAUCCUGAAGCCCGGAGGCUCAGAGGAUGCCGCCGACAUGCUGAAGAAGUUCCUAGGAAGAGAACCUAAGCAGGAUGCGUUCUUCCUGAGCAAAGGACUCACGGUGGAGGUGGAGCCUGGCACUCCCUGUGCAUGCUGACCGCUUAAUAGCUAGAAUGAGCCGUCGAAAACCUCAGAAAGACUGAUAACUCCUUAAAACUCAUCAUUCACUUAUCAAAGCCUCUCCCAUCCCUGCACUUCUCAAACAGUUUUUGCCGAAAUGAAAAAAUUGUAACAAAAGCUGUCUAAAAACAUGGAACAAAAACAAAAUGAUGUCUUGACUUGUUUUUUUUGGAAAUGUUGCCAGUGUAUUGAAAUCCCUAGAGGGAUUUGGGAGGUGUUGCCCUAAUGCAGUCAUGACCUCACAUAGAUAGUCACAUACAUGGUACCAUCUGUGUGGUACUCAUGUCACCAGGAAAUUUUUAUUGAAUGAAUCUCACAAAAAACAAACAUGUCCAGGUCACAUUUCAUCUUAAACUUUAAUGAAAGAAAAGUAAAUUUAAUGUUAAAUAAAUGUUGAUAAUAACUUUUGUAACAUUGAUUUAACAUUAAUUCAGUUUUAUUUGCUAUCGGAGUUCAAACAUUUUUUUAAGGAAAAAUAACAUUUACAUUUUUUUGUGCAUUGUGAUUUUUGGUCAAUAUUAUUCUAUAUUACUACAAUAUGAUCUUCAAAUGCAGUACCAAUGCUCCAAGUAAUUUUCAUAUUGUGGUAAUAAAAGUUUGAUGACAAAAUGUAAUUUAAAUGUAAUAAAUAGCCUAUGACUGGGCGUGUUCUUGACAGGUUGCGUGAGAUAUGCACCCUAUUAAAAAUGACCGUUUUGAUUAUUUGUCUCAA